AUGCCAUCUUCGUUCCCUUGCUCCGACGACCCGGCGCCGUCCAUGAAGAUGGAGUCCGUCCUCCACAUGAAGGAAGGUCUCGGCGAGACCAGCUACGACAGGAACUCCACUCUUCAGAAGAAGAGCAUGGACACGGUGAAGAGCCUCGUGACGGAGUCCGCGAGGGACGUGUACGCGUCGCUGAGGCCGGAGAGGUUCACCCUGGGCGACCUCGGCUGCUCGUCGGGCACAAACGCUCUCGGCAUGGUGCAGGAGAUCGUCAGGAGCGUCGUCGAGGCGUGCCGCGGCGCGCCGCCGCCCGAGUUCUCGGUGCUCCUCAACGACCUCCCCGCCAACGACUUCAACUCCAUCUUCUCCCGUCUGCCCGAGUUCACCGGCAAGCUCAAGGCCGACGCCGCCGCCGUCGCCGGCGACGGCCCGAUGGUGUUCCUGUCCGGCGUCCCGGGGUCCUUCUACGGGAGGCUGUUCCCCAGCAGGAGCGUGCACUUCGUCUGCUCCUUCUCCAGCCUGCACUGGCUCUCUCAGAUUCCUCCCGGUCUUUGGGACGAGAGAGACGGGCCCGUGAACAAGGGGAAGAUGUUCAUAUCGAGCACGAGCCCUCCUGCCGUGGCAGCGGCGUACUCGAGGCAGUUCCGGAGAGACUUCAGCCUGUUCCUCAGGUCACGCGCCGCCGAGGUCGUCGCCGGCGGCCGGAUGGUCCUCGUCAUGCUCGGCAGGGAAGACGAGCGCCACGCGGACAGGAACACGGCCCUGCUGUGGGAUCUCCUCUCGGAGUCGUUCGCCGCGCUGGUGUCACAGGGGGCGGUCGAGCAGGGCAAGGUGGACGCGUACGACGCGCCGUUCUACGCGCCGUCGAUAGGGGAGAUCGAGGAGGAGGUGCGGCGGGAGGGGUCGUUCACGCUGGGCUACGCGCGGGCGUACGAGACGCACCUGAACGGCAGCGGCGACGCGGGGAGGGAGGGCAGGACGGUGUCGAUGGCGAUCAGGGCCGUCCAGGAGUCCAUGCUGGGCCACCACUUCGGGACGGGGAUCAUCGACGCGCUCUUCUCCAAGUACACCGAGCUCGUCACCGCGGCCAUGGAGAGGGAGGAGGUCAAGAGUCUCCAGAUUGGGGUUGUCCUCGUGAGGCAGUGA